AGCGGCCUCCCGCCCCCGGAGGUCCAGGGUGGUCUCCUCGCCGGAGCGGGGGCCCAAGGACGGUUUCUCACGUGGUCCUGUAGCUGGCACAGAGUAGGAGCUCAGAAGACACUGGAUGAAUAAAUGACUGAGUAAACAAAGUGUUACUGUAGUAGCCUUUAGAGAAAGAACAGAUGGGCAUCUGAGGCACCAAAACAGCACCCGGCCGGUCAAGGGAGCCUAGAACCCUGUGCUCUGGCGACCACCCAGCCCAGGUCCCGGCCGUCAUUUCCCCUCCGGCCUCUGGAGGCGCUGUUCGGCUGGCGCCCGCUCUCCACCGCCAAAAUAGGUCUUGCGGGAUGGAAGCUACGGGGCGGGGCCAGACGGAGCCCGGAGGGACCCGGAGGAAGAUCCGAGUGUUUGCGGCCGUGCUGCCCCACCCCUGGUCCCGGCGCGCGUAGAGGGGCCUGGCCGGGCUGCUGCGAGGGCCCCAGGAGGUCGAAAGCUAAGCAUGGGGAAGAGCUGCAAGGUGGUCGUGUGUGGCCAGGCUUCUGUGGGCAAAACUUCAAUCCUGGAGCAGCUUCUGUACGGAAACCACGUAGUGGGUUCUGAGAUGAUUGAGACGCAGGAGGACAUCUACGUGGGCUCCAUUGAGACUGACCGGGGCGUGCGGGAGCAGGUGCGUUUCUACGACACCCGGGGGCUCCGAGAUGGGGCUGAGUUGCCCCGGCACUGCUUCUCCUGCACUGAUGGCUAUGUCCUGGUCUACAGCACGGACAGCCGAGAGUCCUUUCAGCGCGUGGAGCUGCUCAAGAAGGAGAUUGACAAAUCCAAAGACAAGAAGGAGGUAACCAUCGUGGUCCUCGGCAACAAGUGUGACCUGCAGGAGCAGCGGCGUGUAGACCCGGAUGUGGCUCAGCACUGGGCCAAGUCGGAGAAGGUGAAGCUUUGGGAGGUGUCGGUGGCUGACCGCCGCUCACUGCUGGAGCCCUUCGUCUACCUGGCCAGCAAGAUGACCCAGCCCCAGAGCAAGUCUGCCUUCCCCCUCAGCCGCAAGAACAAGGGCAGCGGCUCCUUGGAUGGCUGAAGAGCUGCCUUGCCAGCCCUG